AGUGUCUGGGAUGUGGUAAAGCUGUUCUUCCUUUUGGAUUUUUCCCUCACCACUCAGAAACCAGUGCACUGGAGCGAUGUAUUAACAGAAGCACUCGGGAAAGAAAGGAAAUGCUUAACCUCUGCAGACAGGAGACUGAAGGACGGAAAGUUGAUAAGGGAAAAGCCAAGGGAAGCAGAAGGUGUUAAAGAAUACCCACGCUUCUGGAACACACAACAGUGUUAGAGCAGCGUGAUCUGGAGACGCUGGAGACUCUAAAUUACAGGUGAGCAGAACUUUUCCAGAGGCUGAAACAUCUGCAAGAACAAUCAGGAUUUCUCACUGCUGAGAUAAUCAAUGAAUUUUUAAUAAGUUCUGAGCUCUGUGGUCAGAUCAAUGGCUGUUAUCUGAUAAAGACAAAUUUUACCCUUUGAUUUCCAUAAUCCUGUCCGAAUGGAGUCUUCACCUUGCUGCUACCUGUGCUAACUAAUGCCACGGGAUUACCGUGCCUGAGAUGCUGCAAAAAAUAAGACACAUGGGUGAAAGAGAUCACCACAGCAAAGUCGACGAGGCAUUUCCAGUGAGAGUUUACCCUUCCUCGCUGAGCUUCGACCAACUCCUGCGAGGUAUUGGCCAAGAGGAGGGAAGGCCAAACAGAGAGCAGCUCCAAACCUUGGACUAAAUCUGAAUGUAAUUUCCUGAGCCAGGAUGGAAGGGGAGUCUUACCACAAUGAAAGCACUGUCAACGGCACCCCGGUAAAUCACCAGGCUUUGGAACGCCAUGGACUGUGGGAAGUCAUUACUAUUGCAGCUGUGACUGCUGUGGUCAGCCUGAUGACCAUUGUCGGCAACGUCUUGGUCAUGAUCUCCUUCAAAGUCAACAGUCAGCUCAAGACAGUUAACAACUAUUACCUGCUCAGCUUGGCCUGUGCAGACCUCAUCAUUGGCGUCUUCUCCAUGAACCUCUACACGACCUACAUCCUCAUGGGACGCUGGGUUCUCGGGAGUCUGGCUUGUGACCUUUGGCUGGCACUCGACUAUGUAGCCAGCAACGCUUCUGUCAUGAACCUUCUGGUGAUUAGUUUUGACCGUUACUUUUCCAUCACAAGACCACUGACAUACCGGGCCAAGCGUACCCCAAAGAGGGCUGGCAUCAUGAUUGGCUUGGCAUGGCUGGUCUCCUUCAUCCUCUGGGCGCCAGCCAUCCUCUGCUGGCAGUACUUGGUCGGGAAGCGGACAGUACCACCUGAUGAGUGCCAGAUCCAGUUCCUCUCUGAGCCCACCAUCACUUUUGGGACUGCCAUUGCUGCCUUCUACAUCCCCGUCUCCGUCAUGACCAUACUCUACUGCCGGAUCUACCGGGAGACAGAGAAGCGAACCAAGGACCUGGCUGACCUCCAAGGUUCCGAUUCUGUGGCAGAAGCCAAGAAGAGAAAGCCAGCUCAAAGGACCCUGCUCAGAUCUUUCUUUAGCUGCCCUAGACCCAGCCUGGCCCAGAGAGAAAGGAAUCAGGCCUCCUGGUCAUCCUCCCGUAGAAGCACCUCAACAACAGGAAAGACAACCCAGGCCACUGACCUAAGUGCUGACUGGGAAAAGGCUGAGCAGGUUACUACCUGUAGCAGCUACCCCUCUUCGGAGGAUGAAGCCAAGCCCACCACUGACCCUGUCUUUCAAAUGGUCUACAAGAGUGAGGCCAAGGAAAGCCCGGGGAAGGAAUCCAAUACCCAAGAGACCAAGGAAACAGUUGUGAACACCCGGACUGAAAACAGUGACUAUGACACUCCCAAAUACUUUCUGUCUCCAGCUGCUGCUCACAGACUCAAGAGUCAGAAGUGUGUUGCCUAUAAGUUCCGAUUGGUGGUAAAAGCCGAUGGGACCCAGGAGACUAACAAUGGCUGUCGAAAGGUGAAAAUCAUGCCCUGUUCCUUCCCAGUGUCCAAAGACCCUUCAACAAAAGGUCUGGAUCCCAACCUCAGUCAUCAAAUGACCAAACGAAAGAGAAUGGUUCUGGUCAAAGAGAGGAAAGCGGCUCAGACCUUGAGCGCCAUUCUCCUGGCCUUCAUCAUCACAUGGACCCCUUAUAACAUCAUGGUCCUGGUUUCCACCUUCUGUGACAAGUGUGUCCCUGUCACCCUGUGGCACUUGGGUUACUGGCUGUGCUAUGUCAACAGCACCAUCAACCCCAUCUGCUAUGCUCUCUGCAACAGAACUUUCAGGAAGACCUUUAAGCUGCUUCUUCUCUGCCGGUGGAAAAAGAAAAAAGUAGAAGAGAAAUUGUAUUGGCAAGGAAACAGCAAGCUACCCUGAAACCUUAGCACCUCCUCUGGAAAGAAUAAUGAUCACUGUCUGGUUUGCUUGUUUAAAGAACGUCAUCUGCUGUUCUGAGUCCUUGAAGGCUUGUCAAGGUGCAAAAUCUUCUGUUAAAUGAAGUCGUCACACAUGCACCUGCCAUGUGCGGUGAGUCUUGAC